AUGACAUUUACUGGCUUCUUUAUCUUCUGUAUGCUGAUGAACAUGCUAACAGAUGCCCGAUCCAUCCAGGAUGGAGAUGAUCCCUACCAGGAUGCUGCAGCCUUGCCCUACUGGCCCUUCUCAUCCAAUGAUUUCUGGUCCUAUGUGGAAUAUUUCCGGACCUUGGGAGCCUACAACAGGAUCAAUGACAUGGCCAGAGCCUUCUUUGCCCAGUUCCCUUUUGGGAGCCACCUUGGCUACCACGUGCGUGACCAUGAGCACUGA